AUGCCCAAGGUCCACUUGUAAGCAUAUUUUUGCUUCAUUUUUAUAUAUUUUGGGGUAAGGGUUACAGCGGCAGACUAUUAUUACAGGUCUUGUAAUUGUGAGCUAAUUACAACACCAAAACCCAACAUAUAUUACUCUCCUCUUCCUCCCUCCUCCUCCUCCUCAAACUGUACAAUUGCAACCCCAGAAACACCCCAUACGUGUACACAAAAACAUACAUAUAUGCACGGCAGCAGCCAUGGCUACUCAGAAAUUCCAAGACGCCACCGGAAAGAUGACUCAGCUCUGCCGGAGAAUCGUCCACAUAAACAUCCGGUGGAGCAUCGUAGACAAAGUGACCGUAGUCCGGCGGUUCUUCAGGUUCGUCUGGGAGAGACUUCUUGUUUGCUCAGUACGGAUGCCUAGUAAUGCUCGCUACAGAAGAUUAUCCACCAGGAGAAAUUCUUCCUCUUCGUCUUCAUCAACGGAAGCUAGGGAUUCCGACAGCGGAAACGGAGCAGACCUCGAAACGACGACGUCCAGCAGCGGUUACGAGAGCGAUUCCGAUUUAGUCGCCUUGAAGAUCAGUAUAUUAGGCGAUUGCCAGAUUGGAAAAACAACUUUUGUGAUAAAAUAUGUGGGAGACGAAGAAGAAAAGAGAAGCUUGCAGAUGAAAGGGCUAAACCUAAUGGACAAGACAUUUCACAUUAAAGGUGCAAGAAUUGCUUUCAGAAUAUGGGAUGUUGGAGGGGAUAGGGGGUCAUUGGAUCAAGUUCCGAUUGCGUGCAAGGAUGCGGUGGCGAUUUUGUUCAUGUUCGAUCUCACCAGUAGAUGUACUCUCAACAAUGUAGUUGGGUGGUACGAAGAAGCAAGAAAGUGGAAUCAGACUGCAAUUCCGAUACUAAUAGGGACCAAAUUCGACGACUUCGUCCAACUUCCGCCGGAUAUACAGUGGACAAUCAUCACUCAGGCACGGGCAUAUGCAAGAGCUAUGAAAGCAACACUAUUCUUUUCAAGUGCAACACAUAACAUCAACGUGAACAAGAUCUUCAAGUUCAUCAUGGCCAAGCUCUUUAACUUGCCUUGGACUCCACAGAGAAACUUGACCAUUGGUGAACCCAUUAUUGACUUCUAAUUCUUUUUUUUUUUUUUUUUAGUUUUUGUUUGUGAGUAAAUAAAUACAUGUGGUCGAAUCUAAUUGCGUGAACUGUUGACUUGUAAAUAGCAGACUUGUGGUCAUAGAUGACGUGUAUACUUCACCUGUACGAUGUUAAAAUUUCUAUCCAAGAAUAGAAAAGAAACAGAAUAUAUAUAUACAUAUAUAUAAUAUUGUUUUGUA